AUGACAACUCAAGAGACAGCCAAAACACUGUACUUGGAUGCAGACGGUAUAAAGUAUGCAUACCGACUUAUUGGAAACUCUACUGCAGGGAGCCACUCAGCUCCUUUGCUCAUGCUCAAUCAUGUUCGCGCAACGAUUGAUACAUGGGACCCUGAGCUUAUCAACAACUUUACGGAAACCGGCCGCCAAAUCAUAACAUAUGAUUAUGCUGGAAUAGGACAUAGUCAAGGCAACAUCGCACCCUCCAUUAGAGGCUUCGCCGUUAACUUGCUUGCAUUUCUCAACGUCUUGUUGCCAUCUCUGCAUACUCAACAAGUUGAUGUUUUGGGGUUCUCCAUGGGUGGCUACGUUGCCCAACAGCUAGCUCUCGACGCUCCCGAUGUAGUCAAUAAGCUAGUUCUCUCAGGUACCGGACCAAGCCUCGGGGCGGACCUUCAACGGCCGAUGAAUGAGGUGCAAUCCACUGUUUUUAACCCAACGCCUGAUGCUUCAAUAAUUGCAGCAUUCUUUCCACCUUUCACAACCGGCAACGAAGGUCUUGCUUGGUUUAAUAGAAGCGUCAGUUCGCGACAAGGAGUUGCCGGAAAAAAUGGAGAGCCUGGUAUUGCAUCAUUUACAUCUGGAGAAGAUCUGGUCAAGCUUACUCAGGGUUAUUUGACAUGGGAUGCCGACCCAGUUCCCUAUUCCCUGUUGCAGACAAUACAGAAGGAUGCUCUUGUAACCAGUGGAGACAACGACCUCAUUGUUCCGACACAAAACUCGUUUGUCUUGGCUAGACAGUUAUCGCGAGCAAAUUAUGUCAUGUUUCCAAGCAGCGGCCACGGUCACCUAUUCCAGUAUGCAGGCUACUUCACCAAGGUAGUUGGAGAUUUCUUGGACGGUAAAUUGCCGACUGCGCCAUUCUCAGCCGGAAAAGUUCCAUUAUUCGGAACAUAUGGAAACUAUAAUUAA